CGGCUGCGUGCUCGCUGCUGAGUGACCCCGGGUGUAGCAGCAGUUGUGGACGUCGCUACCGGGGGAGACAAAGACGGCCGGGCGUGGGGGUGCUGGCCACACACCCCCCACACCCCCUCGCGUGCCGCAGCUGCCGGCCUUCACAGAUGGCUUCACACCUUGUUCCAUUACCAAUCAUCAAACAAGAAAACGAAGAGAAUCCUGGCUUGACGGGGCGAUGUGAAGACACGCAUGCCGGAGCAGUCGUGAAGCAAGAAGAUGAUGAAGGGAGUCUGGGCACUGAGAUAAUGAGGAUUGUGGUGAAAUCCGAGGUCAAUGGAGAUGCUCCAGAUGUGAAGACUGUUGAAGUGGAAGGAGCCGGUGGGAGGCCCGGGGAGACAGGCAGCCGCCGUGGAUGUCCGCUCAAUCCAGACCAGAACUUCAUCGAGGUUGCCCUAUCAGAGGAGGACGUUGGAGACGCGGACGAAUCGACGGCGUUGAAGGAACUGCUGUGCGCGGAGUGCGGCAAGGGCGGAGGCCGCAGAACGACGGCGGGCAAAGCGCAACGCGACGACAACAACAACGACAAGACCCCGCGAGCCUGCGCGCAUUGUGGAAAGGCGCUCGAAGGCGCCGCGACCGCGACCGCCGCAGCCCAUCGGAGGAAGCACAGGUGCCAGGAGUGCGGCCUGGUGUUCGCGACGCGCUACGCUUUGGACACCCACUCGGUGUCGCACACGGGCGCGUGGCCGCACGCGUGCGCCGGGUGCGGCAAGGGCUUUGCGCAGCGCUCGGAGCUGAAGAAGCACGCGCGGACACACACGGGCGAGAGGCCGCACGCUUGCGACGAGUGCGGCCGGGCGUUCGCGAGGCCCUCCGACCUGAGGGCCCACACGCGGACGCACACGGGUGAGAGGCCGCACGCGUGCUCCGAGUGCGGCCGGCGCUUCGCGCAGCGCUCCGACCUGGGCAAGCACUCGAGGACGCACACGGGCGAGAGGCCGCACGCGUGUGCCGAGUGCGGGAGGGCGUUCGCACGCUCCUCGGACCUCGGGGUGCACUCGAGGACGCACACGGGCGAGAAUCUGUACGCGUGCGGCGAGUGCGGCCGGCGCUUCGCCCGGCGCUCCCACCUGGAUGCGCACUCGGCGCUACACUUGGGUCUGAAGCCGCACGUCUGCGGCGAGUGCGGGAGGGGGUUCGCGCGUCUCGCCCAUCUGGAGGCGCACUCGGCGCUGCACACGGGCGAGAAGCGGCACGUGUGCGGGGAGUGCGGCAAGGGAUUCACGCGGUCGUACACCCUGAAGAAACAUUCGGCGGUGCACUCAUGAUGGCGGGUCUUUUUUUUGUUUUUGGAGUUGUGCCGAGAGAACACGUACGGCGCGAAAGAAGUUCUACGUACGAAGAUUGGCGGGUAGCCGCACGCGUGUGCCAGCAAGGGGGUGCCACGGUGGCUAGGAGAUGUUGACUACCUCGCUUGAUACGCAGGAGGUACGUGGGUUCGAUCCCGACCCUGACAACGCCUGUUGUAUAUUUGGAGUCCGCGUGUUCUCGCUCUCUCUCUCCCCGUGGUCGCGUGGAAUUUUCUCCGGGUCCUCCGGAUUUCCCUUCGUGUUUUGCUGCAAUACAUUUCUACGGGAUCAUGAUAUCAGCUGCUUCCUUGAGCUGCUAUCAUUUGUGAUAGCCAGGUCGCUUCUGAAAGAGAGAGUGGGUCCUUACCUGGUAAAAUAAAAAAUAGUUUUAGUUUAGUUUCUGUGGGAAGGGCCUUUACACGAUCAUCUGAUUUGAAAGAGUAAAUCAAUAACACGCACUCGGAAGUGUAAACCCUCUCAAAUUAAUUCAUCCGUCUGGAUAUAAAAGCAACGGCGAAUGGUUUUCACACUUUCGUACAAUCACAUCAUGUAUAUAAUAACAACAAAAAUAAACACUUAAAACGUC